UUGGCUAGGAAGUUGAGAAGGGUAGAGUACAAAUCUAGAUAUGUCCUAUAUAUUUUCCCUUCAGUGAACCGUGCUUUGUAUGAUGUCUGAGAAUGUCCAUUUCUGGAGCUCUCAGCAAUUAUUAUGUCGACUCGAUUAUAAGUCAUGAGAGUGAAGAAACGUCUUCUGCCAAGUUUUCGUCAGGACAGUAUGCUAGUCCCAGACCACCUGUCCAAGCUGACCAUUUAGAUUUUCCUUCUUGUAGUUUUCAGCCGAAAUCGCCAGUUUUCAGCACCUCUUGGACGACCAUAAACCCCCAUUCUGUCGGUGCGCUUUCUUCAGUUUACCAUCCUUAUAUACAACAGAGCAUUUCUCCUUCAGACAACAGGUACUUGCGGAGCUGGUUGGACCCUGUGCCAAGAUCAGAGACUUUCCUACAUGGCCACGGGGCUGUUAAAACAGAGCCUGUCCUAGGAGACAUAUCCAAGCCAAGGAGCCAGGAGUACAGCUUAGACCAGUCAGCAGCAACAGACCACAUCGGUUCGAACUUGGGGCCCAGCUUCCAGGACAAUAUAGUUUGCAAAGGAAGUGAAGACAAAGACAAGCAAGAUCAAAAUAACCCUUCAGUCAACUGGUUACACGCCCGUUCUUCCAGAAAGAAGAGGUGUCCUUACACCAAGUACCAAACGUUGGAGCUGGAAAAAGAGUUUUUAUUUAAUAUGUACCUCACUAGGGAUCGGCGCAAUGAGGUGGCUCGGCUACUGAAUUUGACUGAGAGACAAGUUAAAAUAUGGUUUCAAAACCGUCGUAUGAAAAUGAAGAAGAUGAACAAGGAACAAGGAAAGGAAUAGAAACCUGCUUGCACCCUCGCGUCCCAGCGCAGAUAUGCACCGGGUUUAUGUUUCAUAGUUCUGCUUGUGUUUAUCUUGGUAGCAGACACACCUAUCUCUUAAUUGUCUAGAUUUGUGCAGAAUGUCCAGACUUUUGCCUCAUAUUUUUGGUCUGUUCCUCAUAAAACUUGUAUUUUUCUGGAAAAUCACGAGGACUGAAAUCACUAAAUAAUAACAUACAUUUACACGUUUCAUACUUUAUAUAAUUCAGAAAAUACAUGCUAACACAAAUCUGUUAUUCUAGCAACUUUCUAAGUUUAUAAGAGCUGUAUUUAAUAUCUGCUCCUAUUUUGGGUCUUUGUCCCCCUUCUUGUGCUAAGAUUUUGAGGGGUAUGCAGACAGAUUUUUGUAAUGAAUUAAAUGGUAGUCGACUUAAGGUUGUCAAAAUAUGUAUCAGACUGCAUUUUCCUUUAUGAUUCAGACUCAGUGCUCCCAAAUACUAAAAAAAAUCAUAGCCCCGGACUUCAAAAUUCAUGCCAGAGGUUGAGAAAGAGGAGUGCUCUCAGUUUUUCAAAACACAUCAUCUUCGUUUAUUAGACUAAUACAGUUAAAAGUUAUAAGGACCCCUUCUGUCGGCUUAAUUUGGUCCAAUAUGUGUCGUUAGAAAUGUAGAACUUUAUGAAGAAAAUCAGAAAAUCUAGGAUGGAAUCUGAGAGCAAAAUCAUAGCACUAUGCCUAAGUUCAUAGCAACUCGUAGUUUUACUUUGGCAAGAUGAAAAUAAGAUUUCCUUUAGAUUGUUAUCGUUUUAUUUUAAGCAUGCAUGAAAGCCCCACAGUAGUUGUACUGUUUUACUUACCUUCCAUGUCUUAUUAUUACUAGAAUUUUAAAGUUUUUUUCCUAAUAAACCAGUAUUACUUGAAACUGUUUUCAUUUUCUUACAGAAAACAUAUAUACAAGUACCUACUCACACACACACACACACACACACACACACACACACACACACACCACACGCCACACACACACACGCACACACAUACAUUCUCUUCACAUUUACUGCAAAUACAUUGAAACUGGCUUAUAUAUGUCAGGGACUUGCAUUCGACAUUUUUGCAUUUUACUGCGAUCAGACUAUACUUUAUAGUUUACAGUAUCCACAAAAGGGUUACCUAGCAAGCACGUGUAGCAGAUACAGAAUUUUCUGACUUUUUAUAAACAUGUUUUGUUUAACAUUUCAUAGUAUUUUCUCAAGAGUUAUUUUUCCGUAAAAUGGAAGAAAAUAAAACAAAAUAAAAUGUUUUAAUUACAUUGUUAAUUUAUAAUUUAUUGUGAAUAACCAUUGAGGGAAAAUAUUGUUGUAAUAUAAGGUGCCAAGUACAUUCUUUGUACAUUUUUUUAGACUUUGAUAACAUUUAUACCUGAAUGCUCCAGUUUUAUUUCUUUGGAAAAGUAUACUGUGAUACUGUUUUUUGAGCUUUUACAUGUUUUAGGUUAAACGCAUAGUGUAAAUAAGCAUCCUAGAUGUGUGCGGUCUGAAAAUAAAUGUUUUUGAUCCCACCACACCAAUGUACUGUUAGACUACAUCCUGAGUUAAAUGGACUGGUGUUAAGUUCAGAUAUAAAACUUAGCCAUCACGUUUCCUUAGUGUGCCUAGUUAACUGGAGGGAAUACAUGUUCUGCUUUAUAUCUUUUUUAUAUAGCAUCUUUGUUGUUGUUAGAUGUUAGUUAUGACCAAAUUUUUAUUCACAUCUUAUAUUGUGUUUCCUUACUCUUGGUCACAUAAUUGUGAUGAAAAUCUGCUGUUGUCCCAUUGUUUUAGAUUGUCAAAACAUAAUAUUAAACUUGGGUUUCAGUAAACUGUGGAUUAUGGCUAUAACUUGAAUACGACAUUCAGAAAUGAUAUAUUUAUUUAAACUGUAUUCAUAGUGAUAGAGUGAUAGUAAUUUGUGACUAUAUUUGUACAUUUCUCAGUCUUUAUUGUCAAAAGUCUUUCUGAAGACAACGAGUUUUGUAGAGAAGACAAAGUUCUUAAAUAUAAGAAUAUUAAACAUG